AUGCCAGGUGACGCAGGCGAAAUGGCCAAGAACAUAGCUGUCUCAGUUGCAGGUUCCGUAGGUGGGAGCAAAGUAGCCGAUAAACUCCAUCUUGGUGGAGCGGGCCACAUUGCAAGUUCCGUAGCAGGAAGUAUGUUAGCCAACGACGCUGAACAACACGUUGAACAAAAGGAGGGAAACUAA